AUGCCACAAGAGUCUCCUUUUGAUAUUGACAUUCCUGCCUGCAAUAUCCUAGACUACCUUUUCCCAACCGAAUCCGAGCCCUCGGAUGAACCAAUCUGGAUCGAUGCCGACAACACAGAACGAAACCUGUCCCCCAAACACCUACUAUUAUGGGCAAAGCGGUUGGGCUUAGGACUGCAGCAGUUGGGACUGGACCGCGGGGACGUGGUCAUGGUAUACUCGUCCAACCAUCUAUUCGUUCCAGUUGCAUACUGCGGUAUUGCUGGUGCUGGGUAUAUCUUUAGUGGAUGCAAUCCAGCAUACGGCGUCGAAGAAACCGUUUACCAAAUCGAGAACACCGGGGCAAAAGCUAUCUUCGUGGACCCAGCCCUUGUCGCAACUCUCCUGAAAGCCGCAUCCAAUACCAACUUCCCUCACAACCGCAUCUUUCUCUUUUCCGAUACCGAAUGCUCCCCACAGCGGUCCCUCUCCGACUGGCGCUCCAUCCUGGCACCUCCCUCCCUCGCCUCAACCUGGCGCUGGCCAUCCCUCUCCCCGCAACUCGCGCGCACCACAACCGCCGUCCUCAACUACUCCAGCGGCACGACCGGUCUCCCCAAAGGCGUGAUGAUAACGCACCAGAACAUCAUCGCCAACACGGCGCAAUCCCUCUACAUGCGCGACCUCGAACAACCCUACACCCCAUCCACCCGGCCCCCGGAGCGCUGGCUCGGCUUCCUCCCCCUCUACCACGCCUACGGCCAACUCUGGUCCAUCAGCGCCGCCGCCAAAUCCCUCACCCCCACCUACAUCAUGCGCGCCUCGCCCUUCUCCUUCCCCGCCUUCCUCCGCCACAUCUCCACGCACCGCAUCACCCACCUGCAAACCGCGCCGCCCGUCGUCGUCAUGCUCGCCAAGCGGCUAGAGACGAUGCGCGACGCCGACACCGACAUCCGCAGCCUGCGCAACAUCCUCUGCGGCGCGGCGCCGCUGUCCGCCGAGCUGCAGAACGAGGUCGCCGACCGCUUCGGCGUGCGCGUCGUGCAGACGUGGGGCAUGACGGAGCUGACGUGCUCGGCCAUGCACGUGCCGGGCGGCCGCGACGACCGGUCGGGGAGCGUGGGGUACGCGGAUCCGAAUUGCGAGGUGAAGCUGGUGGAUGACGAGGGGAGGGAAGAAGGCGGGGCGGCGGCGGGGGGGAGGGGCGAGGUCUGCGUGAGGGGGCCGAACGUUUGUCUGGGGUAUUGGCGGAAUGAGGGGGCGACGAGGGAGGCGUUUGAUGAGGACGGCUUCUUGCGGACGGGGGAUGUGGCGGUGAGGGAUGAGGGGGGGAGGUAUUGGAUCGUGGACCGGAAGAAGGAGCUGAUCAAGGUUAAGGGAUUUCAGGUUGCACCGGCGGAGAUGGAGGCGGUUCUACUGGAGAAUGAGGCAGUUGCCGACGCGGCGGUUGUCGGAGUACAGACUGACCAUGAAGAACUUCCGCGCGCCUAUGUUGUUCUCAAAGACCAUGUAAAGGGCGGGAAGGUCUCGGAGGAGGAGAUUGCGUCAUGGACUGCCAGGCGUGUCGCGAAGCACAAACAGCUGCUUGGUGGCAUCGUGUUCAUUGAGGAGGUGCCAAAGUCGCCGUCUGGCAAAAUCCAACGUAAGAUAGUGAGAGAGUGGGCGAAGAGAGAUGCUGAGGUUUCGAAAAGAAGCGUUAAGGCGAGACUGUGA